AUGGACCUUGAUGCACAUAAAGAGGUUCAUACAUCCUUUGAUCAAAUUUUGCAAUAUCUUGUUGAAAUAAGAACGUGGGGUAUCCAUCUAUUAGGACAAAUUGAAGGACAUCAAGGUCUUCAUAUUGAAGUUUUUGGGAUGAGGCAAGCAAAGCAUGGUUUAUUUUUAUUUUCAAAUUUAGAUUCAUUUCUGUUGCCAAAUACAAAAUCAUCAGUAGGUUUUCAAUGUAUGGCAAAGCCAAUAGAAACUAUGAUUCGUCUUGCAAUUUGCUGUGGAGAACCUGUAGGGGUUUCUGAAAGGCAUGAAUAUAUUCAACCAAGUAGACUUAGGUCUCCUACAAGAAAGUACGAAAAACUUGAUUAA